CGGGCGGGGCGGGGAGAGGCCGGGCGCCGCCCCCGGGAGGCCGGGGAGGCUGCGGAGGCUUUGGGCGCGGAAGCGAGGGAUGUGGGCGCCCCGCGACCCCGGGCCUGCGGGCUGGGACCGCCGCAGGGUGCGCGCCCGGCUGCUGGCGGCGCUCGCGGGGCUGCAGGAGCUGCGGGGGCUGCGCGCCAGGCAGCAGGCUGCCGUGCGGGCUGCCCUGGCCUCGCACCCCCCGCCCGCGCCCGCCGCCCCCCGCGCGCCCCGCGCCCACGAGCGGCUGGAGGCGGUGCUGGUGGCGCUGCAGGAGCAGCUGAACCGGCUGAGAUGCCAGGACCUCGGCCUGAAAACCCACUUGGACCAACUGGACCAGCAGAUCAGCGAGCUGCAGCUCGACGUGUGCAGGACGUCCACCGAGGGCCCCGACGGCGACAGUCGGCCCAGCUCAGGCUUCUACGAGAUGAGCGACGGCGGCUCCUGCUCCCUGUCUGCCUCCUGCACAUCCGUGUGCAGCGAUCGCCUGUCCUCCUCCCUGGGCGCUUUGCUGCCCAGCGCCCCGCAGGCCAGGACCAGCGCAGGGGACGGCCGGCCCUGGUCGGCCGAUGGCACCACCAUGUGCGGGGUGCCCCUGCCCGCGGGGGGACUUCAGGCCACCGAGGACGGUGCGGGCCCCUCACGGCCCAGGCCCGUGUCCACAGGUGACCUCGAGAGAGCCCCCCUGGCCGGGGCGGGGCCCCCGACGGCCGGCGUCGACGCCGUGUCCACGCUGCUUCUCCGCCGCGGGCUAGGCCCCCUGCCCCUCAGGCUGGACCCCACGUACCAGCGUGACCUGGUGUCCAAGGGGGGCAGGGAGGUGUACCUGUACCCCAGCCCCCUGCACGCGGUGGCUCUGCAGAGCCCCCUCUUCGCUCUGCCCACGGAGACCCCUCAGAGGGACAGCCCCCCGCAGCCCUCCAGCCAGUCCCUUCCCGGCCACUCAGGGCCACGCCCCAUCCGGACGGGACCGAUCCCCGAGGCUGGCGCAGCCCGAGCCUACAUAGACAAGCUGCUUGGACGGCGGGGCCUAGGGGGCACCCCAAGGGGCCAUGUGGGUGAGCAGGGACCCCCAGCCCAGAGAGCAGAGACUGAGCGUCACCCAGGGGGGCUGACCUGCUCCCCAAGAAGAGCAGACGUGGGAGGGGGGGCUCUGAGGAGGGACACGGGUGGGAAUAGCCUUGAGCAGUGGGGACCUGCGCCCUGUGGGAGCCCCCCACCCCCCCUUCCGGAGGAGGGACAGAAACCCCCCCGUAGCUGCGUCCAUGCGGGGAUCAUUCCGGGCUCCACUCAGCUGGGGGGUGCGCCCCGGGCUCUGCAGGCCACUCCUACCAGCCGGGAGGGCACAGCCAGGCUGUCCACCAGGAUGGGCCUGGGGCCCUGUGUGCACCCCCAUUCUGUCGUCUGCAGCGCUGCCCCAGUGGGGCUGCGAACGGGCCAGAAGCCUGGCCUCCCCACCACAAAGGCUGUGAAGAUGGGGAGGGGAGCCAGCAACAGGGCACCGAGGCCGGGGAGGCAGCCGCCACCUGGGGCCGCCGUCCUGGCCCCCCUGCUGCCCCCCACAUGGGGCGCUGGACUUCAGAGAAGGCCUUCCCAGGCCAGGGGGGCUCCCGGCCGGUCCUGCUCCGAGUGCAGCCUCUACCCAGUGUCCCUCCUCGUCCCCCUGCUGGUGGCCCGCCGGGAAGGCCACGGGGCGUCCGCCCAGGCCUUGUUCCCCCGGGAGGAGGCCCCUGGGGUGGCCAGCAGGGCGGCCCGGCAGCGGCAGCGCAGGUGGCGGUCGUCCGUGGAGAUCUCAGCCCGGGCCCGCCUGCCUGGCGCCCAGGGCCCUGGUCUGGGGCCCCCAAGGCCGGCCUCGCGGAGAGGGGGUGGCCCGCGGCCUGCGUGCUCCCGGGCCCGGCUCAGGCCGCCCCACAGGCACCCGCAGGCCAGGAGCGAGUCUGGCUCUGAGCACGCGGCCGCGUGUGCCUCCCUCUUCCACUCCCCCGCCACCGCGACCAGCGCGGACAGGGCCAGCGGCCACACGGCCGGCCGCUUCGGGGACCGGGAGUCCAGAGGCAGCGACGCGGAGGGCGGAGUCCAGGACGUGAGGGGCCGGCCGGCCUGGCCUAGGACGAGCCCCCCACAGCCCCUGCGCACCCCUGGCUCCCAGCCACCCCUGUCCCCGGUGCCCAAGCUCUGCCGCAUCAAGGCCUCCAAGGCCCUGAAGAAGAAGAUCUGCCGGUUCCAGCCCACUGCGCUGAAGGUCAUGACCCUGGUGUGAGCCCGCUGCGCUGGAGGUCAUGACCCUGGUGUGAACCCGCUGCGCUGAAGGUCAUGACCCCGUGUGAGGCCAGGCAACCUGACCUGUGUUCCGGAAGCCGUCCUCCUGAGGAACAGGGUUGGGGGGAGGGUGUGACAGGCUCGGAGGGGCCUCCCAGUGCCGAGGACAAAGUCCAGCGUGUUCGCCUGUUUCUUAUGCGGAUGUGGGUUCUCCCAUGUUGUUGCCCAUUUGUGGCCUGAAGUUCCGCUUGGAAAAGUGGCCGUCGCCCCGGAGUGGAGGGAGGAGCAGGUGCCAGGCUGGGCCGAGGGUCCCCGAGCCCCGGGCGCCUCCCGCCCCGUCAGACACCGGAGAACUCGAGCUGUGGGGCCUCACGAGCCGCCCCAGACACGGACUCGCCCGGGCGUCUGCCGCCCCCGGGUGGCCACGCGGUCCUGCUCCCGUCCCUGAAAGCGUCUUCCUCGGGGCUCGGCGGCCGGACCCUGCGGGCAACUGGGGGGGACGAGACCCCCACGUCCGCCUCAGGUGAAUAAACCCAGGAU